GGAAGCCGGCAGGCCCCACCCUGGGUGGAUUUCUUUUUUUUUCAGGGUGGGUGGGACCCACGAAGCCGGCUGUGUGUUUGAAAAUGAAUGAUCUGCUGCUUGAGUAGACAGUGGCCGGUUGGUGUGUGUUUAGCGGCAAACUGAAGCCACGGCGUUAACGGAAAACACGGACAAAAAGCGGAAGAUUAAAGAAAAACCCAGUCACGAAGAAACAGACAAACAACCCGGAAUAAGAAUCAGCUUCCAGCAAUGCAAUUGACUUUGUGCGAGUCCACCACCAUGUCGGAAGCAGGGGUAACGGAGCCUCCCAGAGAAGUCGGUUUCCUGGAGUCGCCCUGUGUUACAGCGGACAGCGCGGCCUCCCUCGAUGACGGCAUCGUGGACACAGCAAAUGAGUCUUCAGAGGAAGAGUCCGCAGGGGAAAGGGAAGAGGAGACCGGCGCCCAUGAUGCAGCCACCAGCAGCACCAAGACUACCGAGGUCCCCGCGGAGCAGAGCUCAAACACACAAGCAGUGAGCGCCCAGCGCCCAGACUCCCUGUCGGUGCCGCCGGCAGAACCCCGUCUGUGGACGACGCAGCGCGACGGAGAGGUGAAGCUGAGGAUGGAGGAGUCCGGUCUGGCUGCUGAACCCGCUUUGACAGUCAACCAGAUGUUCGUCUCGACUGUGGAGCGCUACGGCGAAUAUACGGCUCUGCGCUGGAAGGAGGGCGACCAGCAGAAAAGCCUGAAAUACAAAGAUUACUACCAGACCUGCCGCACCGCUGCCAAGAGCUUCCUGAAGCUCGGACUGGAGCGUUACCACGGCGUCGGGAUCCUGGGCUUCAACUCCGUCGAGUGGUUUGUCACAGACAUCGGAGCCAUUUUGGCGGGUGGGUUUGCUGUGGGCAUCUACACCACCAACUCUCCUGAGGCAUGCCAGUAUGUAGCAGAAAACUCCAAGGCUAAUAUCAUCGUGGUGGAGAACCACAAACAGCUGCAGAAAAUCCUUCAGAUUGAAGACAAGCUGCCACACUUGAAAGCCAUCGUCCAGUACAAAGAUGAACUAAAAGAGAAGAGACCAAACCUGUACACGUGGGCCGAGUUCUUGGAGCUUGGACGCGACGAGCCCGACGCUCCCCUCGAUGCCAUCAUCGCCAGCCAGAAGCCCAACCAGUGCUGCUCGCUCAUUUACACCUCAGGAACCACGGGCCAGCCCAAAGGAGUCAUGCUCAGCCACGACAACCUAACCUGGACCGCUUACUCCACCAGCAAGCAUGUGAAUCUCACAGCGGCCUCCCAGGCUCAGGAGGUGGUGGUCAGCUACCUGCCUCUGAGCCACAUCGCGGCCCAGAUGGUCGACAUCUGGAUCACCAUGAAGAUCGGAGGGGUGACUUACUUCGCUCAGCCCGACGCCCUGAAGGGUUCGCUGGUAGACACUUUGAAGGAGGCGCGUCCGACGGCCUUCAUGGGCGUCCCACGUGUCUGGGAGAAGAUGCAGGAGAAGAUGAAAGCUGUUGGAGCAAAGUCUUCCACCGUGCGAAGGAAAGUGGCUGCCUGGGCCAAAGAUGUGGGUCUGCGGACCAACCUGAGCAAGCUGAACCAGAAUUCAGCACCAGGCAGCGCUCCGGUCAGCUAUCACAUAGCCAAAAAGCUUGUGUUCAAAAAGGUGCGUAAGGCCCUGGGCCUGGACCGCUGCACCAAGUGCUACACAGGCGCCGCGCCCAUCACCAAAGACACCCUGGAGUUCUUCCUCAGCCUCAACAUUCCUCUGUGCGAACUGUACGGCAUGAGCGAGAGCAGCGGCCCUCACACCAUCUCCCGCCACGAUGCCUUCAGGCUCACCAGCUGCGGUAUCGAGCUCCCAGGGUGCAAAACAAAGCUGCACAACAAAGACGAGGAGGGAAAUGGCGAGAUCUGCUUCUGGGGACGCCACAUCUUUAUGGGUUACCUGAAUAUGCCAGACAAGACGGAAGAGGCGCUGGACGCAGAGGGCUGGCUGCACUCGGGUGACCUGGGCAAGCAAGACGAGAACGGGUUCCUCUUCAUCACCGGGCGGAUUAAAGAGCUGAUCAUCACAGCCGGAGGCGAGAACAUCCCUCCCGUCCCCAUAGAGGAUGCAGUGAAGGAGGCUGUGCCGCUGAUUAGCAACGCCAUGCUGAUCGGUGACAAGAGGAAGUUUCUGUCCAUGCUGCUCACCAUCAAGUGCCAAGUGAACCCAGACACGGGCGAUCCACAGGACGAGCUGACGCCAGAAGCUGUGGAGUUGUGCAGGCAGCUGGGCAGCAAGGCCGUGCGCGUCUCCGAGAUCGCAGGCGGACGAGACCCUGCGGUCAACGCUGCCAUCCAGGAGGGCAUCAAAAGAGUCAACGAGAAUUCCACUUCCAAUGCUCAGCGCAUUCAGAAGUGGGUCAUCCUGGAUCGAGACUUCUCUGUCGGCGGAGGAGAGCUGGGUCCCACCAUGAAGCUGAAGCGGCCGGUGGUGGUGAAGAUGUACAAGGAGCAGAUCGAUAACUUUUACAAGGACGUGGCGUCUCCAGCAACCCCCGACAACCCCCUGCCACCCAAAUAGACCUGCUGGGACCAUCUGCAUCAUUCAGUCCACUGCUGGGUUCCUCCUGUAUUUAAAAAAUACAUUUUUUUUUUUUUUUACUGCCUUAAGUCGUGCUCAGUCUGUCUCAGUUUACAUUUAUGAUUGUUGUACAGAACAGAAGCCAAAUGAGGUUAAAUUGAGCUUAUUUAUUUGUAUUUCUGGAAGGAACGAUGACGUCUGAUCGAUGAAGUAGCAGCAGCUUUACGUAAGGAGCUGCAACGCGAACCAGAAUACUUGAUAACAACAGGAUGUUUUGGUUUUUUUAUGAAUAAUUUGUGUGUAUUUAUUUUCACUUUACCAAAGUUUCUGUUUACCAAAUGAGCAUCAGAUGGAGUGAAAUCGCACAAUCACGCGUUCACAUGUGCUUGGUGUUUCUCCCGUCUUUGAUUUCACUCCUUGUCGUUUUUUGUUCUAAAUGUCAAAAAGGUUCUGCUGUUGAAUUUAAGCUAUCGUAAUCAGUUUGUCAUGAAGCCAUAUCUAUUGCAUUUUGGUGUCUGUCAGGUAUUUUGAUUUGUGUGACCCUUUUUUUUUUUUAUUUUGUAAUACUGUAAAUACCUUUUACCUCCUCAUUUCUUUUUCCCAGCCAUUCGGUUUGCACUCACAUGGAGACAAGUAAAUUGUACAUAAGUUAUAGGACUGUAUUGUCAGUUUAUAGCAAAUCUUAUCAGCUGCUUUCAGCUAGCGGCCUGUCGCCACAGCGAGGUUUAAAGAUCACCUCAGCGAUGUGACACAAAUUUGAAAGCUCUUGCACUCCAAAACAGGUCAUCUUGUAUAUCUUGUAAGAUUAGUAUAUAGCAGGCGUGUGUGGCGCACUCCUAGCAGAGCCAAGCUGAGCGUUAGUUUGCUCGUUGUGGUUCAUUUACGUUAAAUUUUGGGGUUUUCGUACGUUUUGUUUUAAGGAUGAAAAACAAAGGGAGGAAAUGACGGUGAUUCAAGGGGUCGGGGUGAGUGAGGAUGGGCUGAUGGAACACACCAGAUGGCCUUUUUAGUUUAAUCCGUUGCCUAAAAAAGUUCAAAGUUAAAUGAAUGCGCUUGCAUUAUGAGAAUCUUCGCAGCAAACGGUUCAGUGAGCGCGCCCAACACCCCUGACAGAAACCUGGAUCUGCCCGAACCUAACAGCUGUUUUUAGUCUUAAAUAAGUCUGGGUUGAAAGAACAGCAGCAGGAGGAGAGUGAAGCUGACCUGCUUGUAACUACGAAAAUGUGAAUAUGUGUCUGAUCAGUUGUGGAAUAAAUUGGAAUUCAUUACGCUA